GUCUCAUUCGGCGUUUUUCUGCGUAACUGUGUGGACGUUAUUCUGAACGGCAACCAAAAACCCAGCAGGCAUUCAACUUUAAAAGCAGCAGAGCUACCUGAAAAAAGUGGUCAAGCAAGAGUAAUUGCACAAAUUUAUGAAAUUUGCGAAUCUUGUUGUACCUACGUGUUUUGGUUUUAAGUAUUAAAACAAGUCGUGUUUGCGUACGCGUGCUAUUUGCAGAAAAGUAAAACUAAAACCUUCGCGCUUCUCUUUGAAAAGUAAUUCUUUAAAAGUUAAAAUGGCUGAUGUGGCUGAGAAAAAGAACGAGACCCCCGUGGUUGAGAAAGUUGCCGCUGAAGAGGUUGAUGCUGUAAAGAAGGAUGUCGUCGCUGCCGACGAUGCAGCAGCAGAGACACCGACCACCACAGAGAACGGUGCUGGCGAGGAGUCGAGCAGCAGUGUCGAUGGCGCUAAAGAGAACGGUGCUGAGGCCAGCGCCGAAGCUGCGCCCGCUGCCGACGCUGUCGAUGGUGAGAAGACAGACGCCGCAGCACCAGCCGAUGAGAAGAAGGUAGAUGUGGAGGCUGAGAAGACAACAGCUGAGGCUAAGCCAAGCAGCGAGGCCGCCGCAGCGGUUGAGAAUGGCGCCGAUGAUGCAGAGGCAGCUAACGGUGACUCAAAAGAUGCGCCCUCCGCUGAAGCUGUGAAGCGAAAGGUGGAUGAUGCUACCGCUAAAGCCGAUGAGGUCGUUGCCACGCCGGAGAAGAAGGCGAAGCUGGACGAGGCCAGCUCAAAGGAUGAAGUUCAAAAUGGUGCCGAAGCCAGCGAGGUGGCUGCCUAAAGAGUCCUGGCUAACUGCAUCGCAUCGCAUCGCCCGCUCAGCCAGCAGCACAGUAAUACAUUUAAAUUUACUAACAUACACAAACAAAUCACACACAAAAUGCGCUCACGCACUCAUGCACAAACAUACGCACACACACAUACCAACACUGACUUGAGUUACUCUGUAUGUAUGUGUGAGUGUGGAUGUGCAUGUGUGUGUGCUGACAUUUCUAAUAACAAUCCUGUAAAAAGGGAGCGUAGUCUUAAAAUGUACCGAUUCUCUCUGACUUUACUAACAAAAAAGAAAAAAAAAGCAACAAGAAAAAAUCCAUUAUCAUUUAAAAUUUACUUAAAAACAAAAACUUAACUUUAAAGAAAAAAGUAUAUAUAUAUAAAUACAAAAAAGAAACAAUUAAGAUGCGUUUUAAGCAGACAAGCAGACAAGCAAACAAAAAAAAAGAAGAGUUGUACACAAGAAAAACAUCAAAUUUAAUAAUAAUAUAAUAAAAAAAAAAGAAGCAAACCAUACAAAAACAAUUUGCAAGUCUUGUAAAAGUAAACGAAAACAAAUUUAAUAUUACGCAUUUGUCAUUUUUAAGAUAAUUUCUUUUUUAAUUUUAUGUAUGAUCCUAUAUUAUAUAUGAGUAUUUAUAUUAAAAGAAAAAACAAGCUCUAUGUUUAAAACUCGAUAAAAAAAAACAAACAAAAAAAGAAAGAACUCCUAAAGAAGAAACAGGAAAUAACAUAAAGCUGCCCGCGCCCCUUCAAGCUCCUCACAUGAAAGAUUUAUAAAUAGAAAUAUGCAUAUAUGAAAGGAAUAUCAAGUUUUUAUAUAGCAAUGAAAUCAACAGCGCCGACUCGCCAAACUUAAGAAAAUUAAAUUAUAUUUAACAACUUUAAUGUACAACCGUAA